CGGAUGUAAAAUAGAUUUUACAGUGACAUGUAAAUGGAAUAUAGAAACGUAUUUAAAUGAAUUACUUAUACGACAGAAUUCAAUCAAAGAAUACAAGAAUAUAGAAAAAAAGCUUAUAAUAAAGACGAUGCAACGACUUUUACCAGUGAACAUAUAUCAAAUAACAUAUUUAUGUUGUUACCACUUUGGCGUUUGGAUUUGAAAUAAGAUUGUGCAGUUUUGAGGAAAGUAACACUGAGCCUUUUUAAGAGUAAUUUUUUCAUCAAGUAAGAUAUCAACCUUUAACAAAUAAAUUCCUGAAAUAGUGUACAGCUAUGUCAGAAGGCGCUAAUGCAAAGAGCGGAUGUUUAGAUAUAUAUACAUACAGCGGCAAAAAUCAUUCAGUACAGUAUAUCUUUAUGAUGGCUUAACGUUGAAUACAUUUUCAAUUUGAAUUAUUUUCCAGAUUUUUCAUACCAUGUUGUUUAAAUCACAAUGUGUCUCUUGUAUUUAAAUCUAGUGUUUGAUAUCAAAAUAAAACAGGUAUCUGUGAGAGCUUAGACCGUAUAUCUAUCUAAAUUAACCAUUGAGAUAUAGUACAUUAACAAUUUGCCUGUGUGUAUUAUGCAUGCAUCGAAUGGACAUUGUAUUAUCUUUAAAUGAGGAACGGAAUAUUUAUUUAAAGUGUAUUUGUUGAUAUAUGUAAACGUUGAUGUAUAUUUCACAUACUUCAAAUAUCGCGUACUUUUUUCUAUGUAAUAUUUUUUGUACUACUGUUAAUGACAGAAGGGCGGGGAAGAGUUGGGGAUGAUGCAAAGGGCGACUGAUAUAUGUGUACAUAUACACGAUAAAACCCAUAAAAUAGCGCAAACUAUCGUAGUGAAAAGGUAUUUCUUGUUUUUUUUUUCCUUUCUCUAGUUAAUUCCGUUAUACAGAGUAUUGUACAUCACUGGGCAACUGAUAUAGGUUUUAUGAUUAUUAUCACAAUCCGUUGUUAUCAAUAGUAAGGCAAUUAACACAUUCCUGUCGAAGAUCAAACAUCCUUUUUUAACGCUUUUACUUUUCCCGAGCAAGUAUAUUGGAUGUGUAGAUAUAUCUGUUCAAUUUUCAAUCAACAUGUUUGCUUUAAGAAAACAAAGCAUACGUCAGAAACAUGAGUGUUAGUACCGAUCAGUCUAUUGUAUUUAUUUCUUUGUAAAAGCAUGGUUAUCAUGAUGAACUGUAAAUAAUUUCAAAUUGAAUUUUCGACGAUUUAUUUAUAUCAACAGUUCUUGUAUAUCUCUUCAUAUGAUGGACGGAAAUGAUGCCAAAAUUGUUGCAUAAAGUGAUGUUACAUUUAGUCAGCGUGCUUGUUUUAUUUUUAUUUUAUCUAAAUACAUUCAUUCAAACAAAAAACAAUACACCCCUUAAUUUGGAAAUAAUAGAUAAUCCAACUGAAAUGGAUUUAGGAAGCAUGACAUCUGAUUCAGAUAAUCAUACCAAAUUAUUGGAGGUAAAUUUCAUCAAAACGUGUAGCACGUUUAUGCAAGAAAAUACCUAUUUUGGUAAAAACUGUUUUCGUCUGUCCUGGAAACAAGCGUACCGGCUAAAUACAUACAAGGAAUUCAGCAACGAUCUUAGUGCAAACGAAUCAUUAAUUUCAAGCUUUCGAAAGAAUGAGCAUUGCAACCGGUUUGUGACAGUAGGUAGAUCAGCUGGAAGAAUGGGUAAUCAGAUGUUUGAAAUUGCCUCCGUUUUAGGUGUAGCUUAUGUAUAUGACAUUAUACCUGUUAUUCCAGAAACGUUUCCAUUAAAUCAAUAUAUUGAUCUGCCAAAUAGAUAUGAUCAGAAUUUAGAAGGUCUUAAGAAUGUCGUUAAUUGUGUUUGCAGAAAAGCUGCUGUUUUUUACAGUUGUACAAAGUAUCUUAAUUCGACAGCUAAUGUUACUAUUCAUGGUUAUUUACAGUCGUGGAAAUAUUUUAAAGAUAACAAACAUAUUAUUAGACAAAUAUUUACAUUGAAAAACAAACACAUACUGAAUGCAAGACAGUUCUUGGCUAAUGUUACAAAGCAUGGUUACCAGCAUGUGUGUAUUCAUGUAAGGCGAGGAGACUUUCUUGGCCGAAGUAAAAGAGGAUACACUGUUGCAAACGUGAGUUUCAUUGAAAAAGCCAAGGAUUUUUACAUAAAAAAAUAUUCGAAAGUUGACUUCGUUUUGGCUACUAAUGAUAAAAAAUGGUGUAGGGAAAACGUAAAAAAUGUAGAAAUAAGUCCGUUUACAAAUCCCGGGGACGAUAUGGCAUUAAUGAUGUUGAGUGAUCACGUUAUUGUUACGUCCGGAACAUUUGGAUGGUGGGGUGCUUGGCUAUCUGGUGGCACUAUAGUUUACUUUAAGGGAUAUCCAGGGCAUGGCCUUUUGUCGAAAUAUAACUUAUAUGAUUACUAUCCUCCAAACUGGAUUGGCUUAUAAAAAUAAUAAUUCAUAUUGUUAAUAUCGGUAUAUUUGUUGUAUGGUUUGCUGGCAAAUAAAUCAUUCAUUUUAUUGACUGUGGCAUGUAUCCAGUCUACUGUAGCAAAGGAAAGUUUCACUUGUAUAGUUUUGAUUUAUGAAAUAAUUUAUCACAUUUGCAUGUACAUGUCCUUACAGUCAUUGUAUCAGUAUUCCUUAGUCUGUUGUGUCAUGUCUAUACUCCGUUCUAUUGUGUUGUACUCCGUGUUUAUGUUAUCGUGUCCAGUCAUGUGUCCACCCGUGCAUAUAAACUUGUUUUGUUAGGAAGAACAUGUUUUGAUUGGUCAGCUAUGCUUUUUGCUCAAAUAACAACUUUUUGGCACGAACUAAUAUGUGCACGGCCCUCUAUACAUUGUUAUUUAGAAUCAGUUCAGAGCGAACACAAGUUCUUUUCUAUUUUAUAGUAAGCUGUCCUUACCUUUGGACAGCUUACCUUUCUUUAUAUUUUAGUGCAUGAUUCAUAGAUGUAUCUGGUAAGCUAUUUUGUUUGAACUUGUUCUUUAGUAAUAACCGCGAGAGAUGUAUUGACUUGUGAAAUAUGUGUAUUUCCACGUUUGCUAUUGUUGUAUUACAAUUCGUAUUGUUUCACGUUCCUGAUUAUACUGUAUAGUGUAUUGUUUUGCAUAAACUAAACUGAUACUCUGUCCAGACAGCGCCGGCAGCUUUAUUUGUGGUAUACAACCCCACCAUUACCCCCUUUUUUAAACGUGUGCACCCUUGCGAAUAGACAAGCAAUUUUGACAGUUAUUGAUCAGCUGUUUACAUCACGUGACAGUGACUUUUACGGAUUGUUGUGUAACGAGGCGGAGGAAUAUGACUGUGAUAUUCUGUGGUUUUUAGUGUGCUUGUAUUGAGUAGAGUAUUUAUGUGGAUUGUUUAAAUCGUAAGUACAUUUUCAUUGUUUUAUCUGUUGUAUUUUUUGCACUGCACACUACUUUCUGUUAUCUAAAUAGCUACAUCCAAACGAUAGUGUUUCAGAUAUUUUUCUUAAAUGUUUGAGUAGUAAGCGAUAAUUUUCUGGUAGUUUUUACUUGUUUUCGUACUGUUUUGGACCGUCGCAAUCUAAAUUUUAAAGCUACAUUCAAUUUUUUUAUAUAUUUUCGCGAUAUCAUAUUUUUUCUGUCAUACGGUUAUGUGUUUGGAAAUAUUUGUCAGUAUUUUCACAGUUGAGUUACGGUGCCCUGUUGUACAUGUUGUAUUUUCGAGUUUUAUAUUUAUUUGACUGUGUUUUGCUUGCUACAUGAUUUUGUAUCCAUUUCACAAUUGAAAACAUUUAGCAUAUUUUUGUUGUGCUGUUUGCCUAGAUUUACGCAUUACUUCUGGUUUACUCCUUUAGCUUAGUUAAGUAAAAUGUAAGUGUACUAUUGCUUUUAAAAACUUAUAGGGUCUUUAUUUCUUCGUGUUCACUGAUUUUGACCUGAUUUAUUUACCUAACUUAACUCUUCUUUGCUUCUUUUUAAUAUUUAAUAUAAUUUAUACUGCUCCUCUUUCCGCGUGGUGUGAGUUCUGAAAGGUGCGCGUGUAAUAAUCGUAAACACAGAUUUGCGUUAUCUGUUUUAUCAUUUUAUAGGCAUUAUCGCAUUUAUUUGUUUCUAUGUGUUUACUGGUAAAUUGAAAAUUUGUGUAUACAGAUAGUUGACAUUUGCUUGCUUUUGUUUCAGAUAAUUAUGCUCCUGAUUUCUGCACUUUGCACAUACUUUAUGUAUCAAGAACAACUUCUUAUUGGUAUAAGAUCAUGCGGUGUUUUGUUUGAUGUAACCUAUUUUGACCAUAUUUAUGUGCGUUUCCAUGCGGUUAAAUCCUAACAGCAUAACAUGUUUCACAGAUUUCAGAUGUAAUGUUUUGUUUCCAGCAUGUUUUGACAUUCUCGCAGUAAAAGUUUCUUUGUUUAUGCAAUAUUUAAUUGAGUCUCCUGUAGUUGCAGUAAGUUUUUACUUUUCUUUCAGUUUUGCUGUCAUAUAGUUGAUAUUUUCAUUUUUAACAAAUCACUGUAAACUACUAAUAUUAUAAUUCAUUCAUUUUCAGAAUUUAGUGUACAUGUGCUGAUUAUGACCACUUACAUGUCCGAACGAUAUGAAUAUCCAAGGAGAUUCCAGAGAUUUAUAAAUAUAUUCAUUUUCUGCUGUUUUAUUUAUAACUGUGUCGGUGCGACGUUAAAUCAAACAAAAGAAAAUAAAUAAACAAACAUUUGACAGCAUAUUUAGAUAUUGACUUUUCCAACACACAGGUAUACGACUGCAACUUUAUGAAUUAUUCACGAUUUUUACGAUUUCAACUUCAUGAAUUCAACAUCAUGAAUUCACGUUUUGAACUUCACGAUUUCAACUUCAUGAAUUCACGAUUUCAACUUCAAGAAUUCAACUUCAUGAAUUCACGUUUUGAGCUUCACCAUUUGAACUUCAUGAAUUCACGAUUUCAACUUCAUGAAUUCAACUUCAUGAAUUCACGUUUUGAGCUUCACCAUUUGAACUUCAUGAAUUCACGAUUUCAACUUCAUGAAUUCAACUUCAUGAAUUUACGUUUUGAACUUCACGAUUUCAACUUCAUGAAUUCACGGUUUCAAAAACACGAAUUAACGAUUUCAUCUUCAUGAUUAAUUCAAGACUUAAUUGCCACUUGACUCUGACGUCAUCUGUCGCCAUGUUUUCAAUAUGUUACUGGAAUGAGCGUUUUUCCUAGUAAGUGUUUUUUUCUUUAGUAAUAUCAGUUUGAAUUAUGUCUUUUUUAUUAACUUGUCAAAAACAGUUGAAAAAAUAUGGAACUACUCAUUUGAAGAAAUAAAUUUUAUGUUUAUAUCCAAGGAAGUUAGAACAGUUGCAAUCAUAAGACUAUCCGUCAAUUUGUUCCUCUCUAUGUUUGUCUAUGGACAACUUUCUAAACCUCAUAGACAGAAAAAAUAAUACUAACAAACACAUGAAUAGAAAGGCUGCACAGGCUAUAAAGCAAAAUAAUGAUUCGUAAUUAUUGUUUACAUACAUCUUAUUGCAGAUGCUGAUGUUAUCUUUCAUCGCCGUUCUUGCGGCAUUGCCAGUACCAGCAAUUGGAGACAAUAUUGUCAAUUGAGAAGCAAUGAUGAGUUUGAUCGUUCCAUAUUUUUCAAUGGGAUAUAAAUAUAAGGAGAUACUUGCUAGUCUUGUGUUAAUUCAUGGAAUAACACUUAGUUAUAAGCAGCUAAAAAGAAUUAUUAAGAGACUAAGUUUAUAUAGAAGAACACCCGAAUCAGAUACGGACGAUAUUAUUCGUGUUAUCUACUAUCUGGAAGUGAAAAAUGUAUAGGGUAUAAAGUAAUGUGAAAGAGACUUACAAUAAAGUAUGCUGUUAAUGUCCAUCGGUCUACGGUGAUCCGUUUAAUGCGGAUAGCAGAUCCAAAUGGAGUUAAAAGAAGGAAACGAAGGCGGCUUCUUCGGCGGAAAUAUUCGUGUCCGAGUCCAAAUUUUGUAUGGCACAUCAAUUGAUACGACAAGUUGAUGCCCUUUGUAGACGGAUUCAGUCGGAAAAUACUGUGGCUUGAGGUUGCAACCAUAAUAAUGACCUACAUGUAACUGCUAAAUAUUUUUUGAAAACCAUAACUAGCUUAGGCGGGAUAGUGCCAAAAAUAAUUAGAAGUGAUCAUGGAAUCGAAAACGUCACUGUCCGUCAACUGCAAAUAUUCUUCAGACUAGGGCAUGGCGAUGGUCAUGCAGCGGACAAAAGCUUUGUUGUUGGCAAAAGCACAUCUAAUCAAGGGAUCGAAUCGUUAUGGAGUAUGCUUCGACGUCAGUGCGAGUGCGUAGACUUUUGGAUAAAUCUCUUUAAAGAUAUGAGAGCUUCAGGCUUAUACAGUGAUGGAAAUAUUUUUCAUAGUCAAUGUUUGCUUUACUGUUUCAUGCCGGUUAUUGUAUGUGAGCUUCGUAAACUUGCCUUAGCCCAUGAACAGCCUCAAUCAAACCGAGACUGCAAUUUUCACUAUUUGCCUUGUUCUCGGUGCUUCCGAGGGAUCUACUUUCCAGAUUUUAUUUUAGACUGAAAUUUACACGACAUUUCAAAUGAAAAUCCGAAGUGAUGUUCAGUGAGCGGAAUUGUAUAAUUCCGUCAGUCAGCACCAUAACUUUGAUCUAGAUGAUGUGCGUAUUUUUCCUGAACUGUAUUCACGACCUUUGAAUGAAAGUUGAUGCUUUCCGAAGUUUCUGAAUUUAUUUGAUCUUAUCGGUCAAAAUAUAGGAAGAGAAAUUGACAGUGCAGAGUUGGCUUUAAUCUGUAUGUGUAUAUCACAUCUCAAAUAGAGUAAAUUGUGUGGUUUGUUCUAUACAGAACUGAUUUGAAAUCGUAAUGAUUUUUUCCUGUUUUCCUUACAUAAAUAUAUCAAUAUCAAGUGUUCAUAGUACGGUUAUCUCUUUUACAUUUAUUUAUUGG